AGAUAUUUGAUUUCUCAGUUUUUUCGAUGUGCUUGUGCUACCAUCACAAGACGUACACCCGAGUAUAAUUUUCUAUCUGAGAAUGGCCGCGAUGUUGUCCAACUGUUCGCGGUAUGCGCCUCGUGUAAUAUCACGAAUUUCUAUAUUACAAAAUAAGGUUGUGAGAUCCUUACAAAAAGAAGGACGUGUAUUAUAUAUCCAUACCAAACAUGUGGAUGUCACAACUUCAUUAUACUCUAAAAAUAGCACAAUUCAUAGAUGGAAAAUUCCAACUAGACAUUUACGUUCCACAUCUGCAUUGUGGGAGAUAAAAGAAAUUGUAGUACCAGCAUUUGCAGAAAGUGUUAGCGAAGGAGAUGUGAGGUGGGAAAAAAAAAUUGGUGAUCUAGUGAAAGAAGAUGAUGUCUUGUGUGAAAUUGAAACUGACAAGACUUCAGUUCCUGUUCCUUCACCUGGUCCAGGUGUGAUAAAAGAGAUCUUUACCAAAGAUGGUGAUACUGUAAAACCAGGACAAAAAUUAUGUACUAUCGAUAUUGGUGCUACUGACGGUGUUGCUGCAGAUGUACCAAAGGCAAAACCUGUAGAAGCUGCACCGCCACCACCUCCACCUCCACCUCCAACUCCACCUUCUGAAGCUCCAAAACCACCACCACCUCCACCUACAACUCCACCACCAUCUGUUGUGCCACCACCUAGUGCUAAACCUCCACCUCCUCAACCACCUACUGCAUCUAUUCCAGUUACUGCCAUCAAACAUGCACAGGCAUUGGAAGGAGCAAAAGUUCAGUUACCACCAGCAGAUUAUACACGUGAAAUAAUUGGUACAAGAACAGAGCAACGAGUUAAAAUGAAUAGAAUGCGUUUACGUAUAGCGGAAAGAUUAAAAGAAGCACAAAAUACGAAUGCCAUGUUAACGACGUUCAAUGAAAUUGAUAUGAGUCGAAUUAUAGAAUUCCGUAAAACUCAACAAGAAAGUUUCACGAAAAAAUAUGGUAUCAAGUUAGGAUUCAUGAGUCCAUUUAUUGCAGCAAGUUCUUAUGCCCUCAAAGAUCAACCUGUUGUUAAUGCAGUCAUUGAUGGCACUGAUAUAGUAUAUAGAGAUUACGUCGAUAUUAGUGUUGCAGUAGCUACACCAAAAGGUCUUGUUGUUCCUGUUAUACGUAGUGUGGAAAAUAAAAAUUUUGCAGACAUAGAAAUUGCUUUAGCUGCAUUAGGAGAUAAAGCUAGAAAAGGAAAAAUAUCUGUAGAAGAUAUGGAUGGUGGCACUUUUACAAUAAGUAAUGGUGGUGUAUUUGGUUCUCUUUUGGGAACUCCUAUAAUAAAUCCACCACAAAGUGCUAUUUUAGGAAUGCAUGGUGUUUUCGACAGACCUAUUGCAGUUAAAGGACAGGUUGUUAUCCGACCAAUGAUGUACGUAGCUUUAACAUAUGAUCAUCGAUUAAUCGAUGGUCGCGAAGCUGUGAUGUUUUUGAGAAAAAUUAAAGAUGCAAUAGAAGAUCCAAGAAUAAUGUUGGCUGGUCUUUAGACAGAACGAUAACAUUCUCUCUUAUUGAAUCACUUUAAAUACACCUCUUAUCCCUUUGUGGGAUAUUUUGUAUAUCACUGUGUAUGCUGCUCUAUUGUAUUAUAUUUUAUUCAUUUGGAAGAUUUGAUAUAUAUCGGUAAAGUUGUGAUGACUGAGAUUAAAAGAAUGUAUGACAGAUGUCUAGAAUUGAAUCCAAAACAAUUUUAGUACAUCGCAAGGGCAUCGCGUUAAACAUGCAUAAAUUUGAAAUUCGUACUUAUAUUAAUUUACUCAGAUUCAUUUCUCACAUACACCUGGUCUUUUAAUGUAUCAUACUUUUAAUUUAAAUGCAAGAUGUUAAUUAUAUACUGUCCAUUUAAUAUCAAUUAUAAACUUUAAUUAUUUUAAUGUGUUUCAACAUAAACAUCAUUUUAGUAUAAACUUACAAAUAUUUUAUAUAUUAAAUUACUAACAACUAUAUCGAAUAAUUAUUGCUUGUUAUACCAAGUUUGAAAUUAAUUGCAUGAUCAUAUAUUCUAAUAAUCAUAAGGAUAGUUUCCUAUUUUAUAAAUGAAUGACCAAAACUAUAUCAUCCUUAUAAUUAUACAAUUAUUUACAAUACAAUUGUAUAUAUUAAAUUUGUUUGAUCCUUGAAUUUUUAAUACUUAGUCCAUAUAUGUACAGAUGUGUGUGUGGUGUGUAUAUAUAUAUAUAUGUAUAUAUAUAUACACAGACAAAUAGACAGACACACAUACACAUAGUGUAAUUAAACUAAAUUGUUUUAGGAAAAUCAUCCACUAUUUAUUUUGGAUUUUAUUAAUUCUGCUGUGAGAACAAAGAUUUAUUUAUGAGGUGUUAGAGGAGUGAUAAUCAACAAGGGUUAGAAAUACUCUAUUGAAAAUAGAUGUAUGUAAAUGCUACAAUAAAAUCUCAGUGAUUUACCAUU